AUGAUAAACAUGCAAGGUACUAACCAAAGAUUGAAAAAUUUAUCAUGCCAAAUGGAGAAAAUGCAGCUGCAACUUUCAGACAUAGAUGUUCAAAUCAGCAAUCGAUUCCUUCAUGAAAAGCACGAGGAUGUUUCAACAGAGAAUGAGGAAUUCAAUGAUAUUGUUGACGAAGGAGUUGAUCAAACUAAGGAAGGUACAACAUUGAAAGGAUGUGGUGAAUUUGAAAUUGCACAAGAAAUCGACACAUCACACAAAGAAGAAUUUCCUCAAGAACGGCCAUAUACUGAAGAGGCCGAAACUGUUGAAAAUGAAGAAAUGAUGGAGGUGACAGAGAAAAAGGAACGGAUACUAAGCAAGGAAGAAUCAAUGGAAGGAAAAGGGAAGAAAGUGAACAAGGUGGAAAUUGAUCGGGUCAUAGAUGAGAUAUGUGCCUUGUUCAACAAACCAAAGUUAGGGAGAACAUGGACUCCAUAUCAGUGGUACCUUAAGUUCAUGGAAUUCCUCCCAAAGUGCAGGAUUGCAAAAGAUGAUGUGCUGUCCGUUUCAUUUCGGCCACCCUAA